ACCAUGAGAGGAUCAAAAACCUGACCCAUGAAAAACAGAGGAAUGAAAGAAACAUCUUUCACGCGUGAAUUUGCAAAAAGACUCGUCUUUGUCCCUCUCUUUCUCCGUUCCUUCAAGCCAAAGAAAGAUAGAUAUAGACCUUGGACAAGCACAAAUACACACGCACAUACUUUCAAACACUUCCUGUUCAAAGUAUAAUCUUUGGCGUUCAAUAUCAAGUUAGGAUUGGAUCAGACAGCCCCAUCAACACCAGAAUCAUCAUCCGUCCGAUUUGAUGACGCCCACUUUGACAUGUCGCUGGCGUUGCUAGACUCUGCAGCUCCGGCACCCAUAACCCCACAAAACACCAGCCUUAACGGUCAGUUUUCUUAUCCUAUCUCAUUCAGUUUUUCUGGGUUUCCCUCAAAAUCUCAAUCUGUGCCAAUGAACCCAUCAAAUAUUGGUAAUCAAACUUCUGGGUUUUCAAAUUAUUCAAAUUCCAAUCAAAGUAAUUCCAGUAUCGGUUACAAUACCUCGUUUGGGAGAUCGGCGCCCGGUUCUUCAAGGCCGAGGUUUGUGAAGGCGAGGAGGCAAUCGAAUUCUCAGAAUUUGAGGCCAACGGCGGCCUCGGACGCCCGGUUAGACCCCGGUUUUAAUCCGUUUCGGGCCGUUCCAGAGAGUUCGGUUCCUUCCUCAGCUGCUUCCCAAACUGGGACUUCUUUCUCCAGUGGGUCUGGGUUUGGUAAGAGUGGAAGUGAGGCAUUUGUGUUUGGAGGGAAUAGGGUCGAUUCAGGUGUGAGUACGAGUAAUUCUAGUGGAGGUUUGGAGAAAGAUGUGCUUGAGGAAAUGAAGAAUUUGAAAAUUCUGAGUGAGAAUGAGUUUCUCAAUGUCAAAGAUGGUGUGUUUAAUCCAAAUGCAAAUAAUAGGCCGAGUUCAAGUCUAUCUGGGCGGUCAGGGAGUGGUGGCUUUGUAUUUGGAAGUGGGCACAAGAAGAGUUCUAGUAUUGAUGAUAGCAUUGCACCGAAGCUUCCCGAGGAAAUGAGGAAGUUGAACAUUGGAGGUCCAGGAAAUAGUGAACGUAUCCAGAAAAUUAGAGAUGUAAGGUUUAAUUUAAGUGUGAAUGAUACGACCAAGUUUGGGUUUGGGAGUGGCCACAAUGUGGAUAGUUCCUUCGAUAGAAGUUUGGAAGCAGAACUUCUAAAUGAAUUGAAGAAUAAAUGUGGCAUUAAAGAACCUGGUCAGCUUGAUGGUGGUAGUGUUGCAUUUGGAAGUAGUAAAAAGGGUGGUGCUAGAAGCUUAGCAGAUAGACUUUCUGAUCAGAUGAAGAAUCUGAACGUCAAAGAUUCUUUAAAUACCAAUAGUUUUGAAAAGAAUGAAGCUACUAUUAAGAACAAUGAAAAAGGCAACACUGUCUUCGGAAGCAGUGAAAGUACUGGUGAUUUGUAUGGUGGAAGAAAAGAAACCCCACUGUUGAGGAAGAUGGAGAAGUUGAAAUUAGGAAGUGGGGCAGGAGACUUAAAUCGAUCAGAUGCAGGGCCCUCUUCCUCUCGAGUAUUUGUGAAGGAGAUGCAAAUGGGACAUUUUGGUGAUAUGUCAUUCCAUGAUCUUGAUAAAGCAGUGCCCACGGAAUUCACUUUUCAGGUGGGAAUGCAGGGUAAGGAAGUAAGUGGUAGUCAAGUUCCUUUAGACCGACCAAAAGAUGAUGCCGAAGUGGGUGGAAAUGUUGCAUCUUCAUCUUCAUUCUCAUCUAGUGACACUGAGUUUAGCUAUACAGGCAAACAAGAUGGUACAGGGUUGCCCUUUGUAGAAUUUAAAACACCAAAACCAAAAGCUAACCUAUUUUCGGGCUUAAAUCAGAAAAUGGAAUUUAGUGCAAAGAGAGAGUCAAUUAGAGACACAGGAUUGAAGAAAAAGAGUGGAAAAUUGAAGAAUUCUACCCCAGUCCAGAUGUGGCCUGGUCAAGAUUUUGUUUCGAGGGAAAGCGGUUCCCAAGAGAACCCAGAGGCUUCUGAAUCUUAUUCACCUAUGGACAUUUCCCCAUAUCAGGAAGCACUGGCUGAUAACCGCCACUCAAGGGAAAAUUCUGUGACAUCUGGUGAGUCAUUCAGACUCAAUAGCAAUGAAGCAAGUAAUUCAGCAGCAAUGGUUUCAGGUGGUGCUAUUGAUGAAGAUUUGAUUGGAGCAACUAAUUCAACACCAGUGGUUUCCAGUGAUGCUAUAGAUGAAGAUUUGAUUUUUGCAGCACAAUGCUUGAAUAUAAAUGAAGGCAAUUCGAUACGCCAAGAAGCAAAAGUUGGAAGUUUUGAAUACCAUUUUGAUAAAAGUGUUGGUGCUGGAGGCCCUAAGGAAGAGUCUGUUUCUGUGGCUGAAACUGAAAGCUUCAAGUCUGCAGCUGAGGAGGUGGACUAUAAUAGUGAUGAUGCUGUUACAUCAAGAGAAACUGAAUCCAUUCCAAGCUCAAACGUUGAGAGGCAUGAUAGUGAUGGCAGGACGCGAAUUGGUGUUGCUUCAAGUUCAGACGAUAUGAGUGGGUUUAAAUUCACCUUUGCUGCCUCUUCUGCCACCCAAGGUCAGAUAUCUGCUUCAAAACGCCACCCAAAAAAGAUAAAUUUGUUGAAAGGUGGUCAUGAUAUGUAUGAUUCCAGUACCAAUGCCAAAGUUUCAUACGCAUCAUCCUCUGUGAAUCUCUUUCCAUUCUCCGGAACUUCAUUGCCUUCGUCUCCUGGGAGGGUUCAGAAAGGAAAUCUAUCUACUUCUCAAUCCAAGGUUAAAAUGGAUUCUGAGAUAGAAAAAAGACAGGAGGUCAAGCAAGAGUCUGCUGCAACUGUUACAGCUCAGGAAGCGUGUGAGAAGUGGCGACAAAGGGGAAACCAAGCCUAUAUGAGUGGGGAUCUGUCUAAAGCUGAGGAUUGUUACACAAAUGGGGUGAACUGUGUUUCUAUGAGUGAGACAUCUAAAAGCUGUCUCAGGGUUUUAAUGCUGUGCUAUAGCAACCGGGCAGCAACACGAAUGUCUCUUGGAAGAAUGAGAGAUGCACUAGGAGACUGUGUGAUGGCUGCUGCAAUAGAUCCCAACUUCCCUAAGGUGCAACUUAGAGCUGCAAAUUGUUACCUUGCCCUUGGGGAAGUUGAAGAUGCAUCAAAAUAUUUCAAGAAGUGCCUGCAAUCAGGAAGUGACUUCUGUGUGGAUAGGAAAACUGUAGUAGAAGCAUCUGAUGGCUUACAAAAAGCACAGAAUGUGUUAGAAUGCAUGAACCGCUCUACUGAACUUUUGAAAAGGGGCAUGUCUAGUGAUGUAGAGACUGCUUUGGAAGUAAUUGCUGAGGCUUUGAUGAUUAGCUCAUACUCAGAAAAGUUACUUGAAAUGAAAGCAGAGGCUCUUUUCAUGCUCCGGAGGUAUGAUGAGGUGAUUCAGCUGUGUAAUCAGACCCUUGGUUCUGCUGAAAAGAAUUCUCCCCCAGUGGAUGCUAAUGGCCAGGAAACAAGUCUGCAUGGUUCUGAAUUCUUGAACAAAUUUUACUUCAAACUUUGGCGAUGCCGCCUGAUUUUUAAAGCCUACUUCCAUUUAGGAAGGUUUGAUGAGGGUCUUGCUUUACUCGAGGAGCAACAGGUCAAAGUAUCUAUCACAAAUAGGAGUGGAAGCAAGGCUCUGGAAUCAUUAAUACCCCUAGCUGGUACAGUACGUGAGCUCUUGCGUCAUAAGGCUGCUGGAAAUGAAGCAUUUCAGGCAGGACGGCAUGCAGAAGCAGUUGAACAUUAUACUGCUGCUUUGUUGUACAAUGUGGAGUCACGUCCUUUUGCAGCUGUUUGUUUCUGCAAUCGCGCUGCUGCAUACAAAGCAUUAGGCCAGAUUACAGAUGCUAUUGCAGAUUGCAGCCUGGCUAUAGCUCUUGAUGGAAAUUAUCUUAAGGCAAUCUCAAGACGAGCAACGCUCUAUGAGAUGAUCAGAGAUUAUGGACAAGCAGCUAGAGAUCUUCAGAGAAUUGUAUCUCUUCUCAAUAAGCAAGUAGAGGAGAAGACCAAUCAGUCUGGAGCUUCUGAUCGAUUGAUCACUGGUGCAAAUGAUUUGAGACAAGCUCGUCUGCGGCUUUCUGAAAUUGAAGAAGAAGCCAGAAAAGAAAUCCCAUUGGAUAUGUACCUUAUUCUGGGAAUCGAGCCAUCUGUUUCGGCAUCUGAAAUUAAGAAGGCCUAUAGGAAAGCUGCACUUAGACAUCAUCCUGAUAAGGCUGGUCAAUCCCUGGCAAGAAGUGAUAAUGGUGAUGACAAGCUGUGGAAGGAGAUAGCAGAAGAAGUUCACAAGGAUGCUGACAAACUCUUUAAAAUGAUUGGAGAGGCAUAUGCGGUACUUUCAGAUGCUACCAAGCGUUCACGGUAUGAUGCCGAAGAAGAGAUGCGGAAUGCCCAAAAGAAGCGCAAUGGAAGCAGCACAUCUAGAACUCAUACAGAUGCCCAGUGUUAUCCCCAUGAAAGAAGCAGCACUAGGCGGCAAUGGAGAGAUGUCUGGAGAUCAUAUGGUAAUUCAUCCUUUAGAGGUUCAGAAGGCAAUCAAUGGGACAGGUAUUCAUGAAAACUGUGUGGACAUGCAUGAUUAGAUUCAUCAGCAAGUCAGAGAAGGGGCUAGUCAGAUGUUUGGAUGCAUUCUAUAUGUAGCUUCAGCUUAGAGGUCCAGCAGACAGGUCAUUACUUCAACCACUUUUUCAGAUAUAGUGCCAUUAGUUUUCUUCAAAAACAUAUAACAGAUGGCCAUAAGCUUGAGUGAGGGUUUUGUAGUUUGAAGGAUUCAUGAAACUUUUAUCUAGAGAAAGAAGAAAGAAAGGGAAAGGAAGAAAUAAGGAAAGAGCUCACUCUUAUACAAUAUCUGAAAGAGAGAUCUGACUGACUGUUUGAGCUGCAUAAAUGCAUUGGUAACAUGCAGAGAAGAGAUGGAAUGUGGCAAUUCCAGGAACAAACUUAUUGGCCUUGGCAGUUUGCUAGUCCUGGCUGAUUCUAAACUAACAAGUGCUAAGAAAGGGAUGUUCUGAUU